AUGGCCAAGAAGAGCGUGGGCAGCCUCGCGGACGCCGACCUCAAGGGAAAGCGCGUCUUUGUCCGUUGUGACUUGAACGUCCCCCUGGACGGAAAGACCAUCACGGAUGACACCCGCAUUCGGGCCUCGGUGCCCACCAUUGAGUACCUGGCUUCCAAGGGCGCCAAGGUCCUCCUCACGUCCCACUUGGGCCGGCCCAAAGGCAAGGAGGACAAGUUCUCCCUUUCCCCCGUGGCAGACCGACUGACGGAAUUGCUGGGCAAGAAAGUCGCCUUCGUGGAGGACUGCAUUGGAGAGGCUGUGUCCACGGCUGUGGCCGGCCUCAAGGAGGGGGACGUGGCCCUGUUGGAGAAUGUGCGGUUCUACCCGGAGGAAGAAAAGAACGUGGCGGAAUUUGCCGAGAAAUUGGCGGCAAACGCCGAUUUGUACGUGAAUGAUGCCUUUGGGACGGCCCACCGAGCCCAUGGUUCCACGGAGGGCGUGGCCAAAUUCUUGAAACCGGCCGUGGCGGGUUUCCUCCUGCAAAAGGAGCUGGACUACCUCGACGGAGCGGUUUCCCAGCCCAAGCGCCCUUUUGCGGCCAUCGUGGGG